AAGCGAUCGCGAGAAAAAAAAAUGCAACCUCCCAAAAUAAAGAGCAAAGAUUGCAUUAGGAGCGAACAGCGCUGCAGAUAUAGAUGGCAGCUUCGUGUCAGUGAGUUUGCGUCCCCCUGCCUGAUCCACGAGCUGGAGUGAUUAGAGCCCUGGAAGGGAAUUGUUACUCCCGUGAAGUCCCCUUUUCCUGGCAGUCAUCUGCACUGUACACGCUGGAUCCCUCUCUCCAUCCACCCCACUCACUCGCUCCUCUCUCACCUCCUCUCUCUCUCUCCUGCAUUGAUUUUUUUUUUUCUCUCCUUUUUUUAGUUGACUGAAACAAAACAAAACAAAAGGGCCACUGGAUGUCUGCCUUCUUGGGGGGUGAGCCAGACAGACUGACAAACAAACAGACCCAGCUGAGCUCGGGGGAGGGUUUCUCCUCCGGUUUUGCCCGGCAGCAGCAGCAUGGACGUGUUGGCUAGUUAUAGUAUAUUCCAGGAGCUACAACUUGUCCACGACACCGGCUACUUCUCAGCUUUGCCAUCCCUGGAGGAGACCUGGCAGCAGACAUGCCUGGAGUUGGAACGCUACCUCCAGACAGAACCCCGACGGAUCUCUGAGACCUUUGGUGAGGACUUGGACUGCUUCCUCCACGCCUCUCCUCCCCCGUGCAUUGAGGAAAGCUUCCGGCGCCUAGACCCCCUGCUGCUCCCAGUGGAAGCCACCAUCUGUGAGAAGAGCUCCGCAGUGGACAUUUUGCUCUCUCGGGACAAGUUGCUAUCUGAGACCUGCCUCAGCCUCCAGCCAACCAGCUCUUCUCUAGACAGCUACACAGCGGUCAACCAGGCCCAGCUCAACGCAGUGACCUCAUUAACGCCCCCCUCAUCCCCUGAGCUCAGCCGCCAUCUGGUCAAAACCUCACAGACUCUCUCAGCCGUGGAUGGCACGGUGACGUUGAAACUGGUGGCCAAGAAGGCUUCCCUCGGCUCGGUGAAGGUGGGAGGGGUGGCGGCGGCGGCGGCAGCCGUGACACCAGCUGGAGCAGUUAAGAGUGGACAGAGCGACAGUGAACAAGGAGGGGUAGGGGCUGACACAUGCCCCGAAAACAAGAAGAGGGUCCACCGCUGUCAGUUUAACGGGUGCCGGAAAGUUUAUACAAAAAGCUCCCACUUAAAGGCCCACCAGAGGACUCACACAGGUGAGAAGCCUUACAAGUGCUCAUGGGAAGGAUGCGAGUGGCGUUUUGCACGGAGCGAUGAGCUCACAAGGCACUACAGGAAACACACAGGUGCAAAGCCCUUUAAGUGCAACCACUGUGACAGGUGUUUCUCCAGGUCUGACCAUCUUGCUCUCCAUAUGAAGAGACAUAUCUAAACAAAACAAAACAAAACAAAACAAAAACAAAAGUAACCAACAACAACAAAAACAACGAAACACCGUCAAGGCCAGAGUUGCCAUGGCAUCAGCCAGUGUCCAAAGGAAAGGCCGUGAGGCAGAGGGCUGGACUUCAGGCGGGGAGCGCUGCCUCGCAGAAGAAAGUUCUCGCUUACAAACCUCUGUGUACAUACUUGUACACGCACACGUACACACACCCUCUCACACACAGACCCACACACAGACCCACUGUCAUGCACUCAACUAUAUUUAAAGUAUAUACGUCUAUUUCUUAUGCCUUGCCCUAGCCAGAUGGUAGAAGACGAAGAAGGAAGGCAGGCAAACUCAGCGAGGUGCUGGCUGCUGACUCCAGCACUAUUGGAAUUACUUCCCGCUGUUACCAAUGGAAAAAAAAAAAAAAAAAAAGAAAGAAAAGCAAAUGGAUGUCUCCAUGGUGGCCGGCAGUACGAGGGGCUUACAUAACUGCUUCUCAGUGCAACUUGAUAAGAGAAUCCAACAUCUCAUGGUUGCAUAUGUGUAGCACUAACGUUUCUUUUUAAGUAGUUGGGGGAAAUUGACCUAGAAAACCAAAUUGCAGUUUGGUAGCCAAACUUAACUCCUGGUUUAUUUGUCCUUUGUGUGUGAAAAGUCCUACUAUUCCGUGCGUCACACUUCCUCCCGGAACUCUCGGUCGGUUUUGGUUCUUCUUAGGACCACUGAGAUCUUUUGAGUCGGUACCAACGGCCUUAGCGGCGGCAGACUAUGGAUUCACAUCUUACACCUUUCUGGCCUGCAUCUCUCUAGACUUCACUCUCAAGGGAGGAAUUUUCUUUUCUUACCUUUUUGACUCUCGCACAUCAUAUGCACUAGGGAUUCUGGAAACUUCUAGCAUGACUGCAAAGUGGCCAAGAGAAUAAAGUCCUUGAUGAUAAGUCACAGUACACCCCUUGAGCCUCACCUCCUUGCCAGUGCUAGAUUUUUUCUUUUUAAUCUCUCUGAUUUUUGCUAAUGGAAACUUGAAAAAAAAAAAAAAAAAGCUUAUUUGGAAGCUUAAAUGUUUUAUCUUUUCUCCAUGGACUAAACCUCUCCAGGACUCUCCCGGAACCUGGAUGUCCAGCUCUCGAAGCAGCCAAUCAGAUGGGACAUCACAGUUCUCUCAUCCCUCCUUGAGGCGUGAUGACCUCAGCUCACAGUGAGCAGCUCCUGUGCUGUGUCACUGUCACCACGCUAACCAGUUACAGCAUAGAUGUCACUAGUCUCAAAGGGCAGCUGCGCAUUUACUCUAACUCUGGGUUAUGACCUGACAAAAAGCCAAAAAUAAUCACUCUGUCCAGGAGUGGAGGAAUCUGAGGGUGCCUCCCAAGUCUAGAGGCUUCACAAAACAUCAUCCCAUCCCUUCCCUCUUACCCACUGAGCUCAUGGUACCCACUUGUUAAAUACAUAUUUCAACAUCCCAUUGUGGGAAUGAAGGCUGUCCAUGUAGGAAAGGAUGGAGGUGUCUCUCUUGUGAUGUGUCUAGGGCUUGGGGGGUGCUUUCUUUGGGGGGAGGGGAACUGGUUCUUUUGGCUCGGCCCACCAUGGCUUGUGACCUAAAGCACCCAGGAUCAACAGAGGCCUCAUAUUUACUCUGAAAGCUGACUCCAAGGGGAUUGUAUUGCUCACUUGCAUUUCAUACACAUACAUCCAAUGUUGAUUUCUAUCUUCCCGAAUUCUUAGCUAGCUGGCACUGGUCUAAACUCCAAAGACUGCCUUUAGGACCAUCAAAUGUCCUAUGCAAGCAAGCGGGGUGGUUAUUAGGGCAGAUUGUAUAUUUUGUAUAUUCUGGGACCAUCCCUUCAAGACAUGUCUAACAAACAAAAAUGGCAUUUGGUCCACACAUGGUUGCUGCUCCUGCAUACCAGCUGGCUCCCUCCCGCCCUCCUCUGACGGCUUGACUCAUUGACUGUUAAAAUGCGACCCCGUGCAUAUUUGGGAUGCAAAACUGAAGUCUUUGAAAGGAAAUAAUAGUAACAAUAUAAGCCACACAAACACACAAUGACAGCAACCUUCAGGAUCCUUGGCGCUUGGGUUCUCAGCUUUCUACAACUUUGUUUCACUGAAAUGUUGAAUCUACUCGUCUGAGGGUGAAGGGACCUCCUUGUCACAAAUGCUAUAGCUUCCAGUUGGACACUUGGAGCAUUUUGAGGUCUGGCCUUUAGAAUUUUCUUUUUUCUUUUACUUCUUUUUUUAUUUCAAUUUAGACCAAAAAUAAAUAAUAAUAAUAAUAAUAAUAAAAGAAACCACCCUGAACACACAUACACACACACACACACACACACACACACACACACACACACACACACACUCCAUUUGCCAGAAGCAAUUAUGUAUAUGUUAGUUGGAGGGUAUUAAAGAAAAAAAAAGAAAUCUGUUUUAUUCCAAAGAUUUAAAAGUGGACAUGACUUAGAUACUGGAGCACUGCUUACUGACAAUCUCAUUCUCUCCUACAUUUGAGUGCAUUUUGCAGCCAGUCCAUCAGGGCAAACCAUGGGAUUAUAUUUGAAUGUGUGGUGCAUCCUUUUCGGAUGAAGGAUGUGUGAGGGACCUUGAACCUCAGCUGUAUGGAACUGUAGCACCUCCAGUCCGUGCACUAGAUGAAACUUUAGACUACCCGAAUUCUGUUGCUUUGUUUCUUUCCCCUUUCUGCAGCCCCCAGCAUGAAUGCACGCACACGCCAGGGAUGGCAUUAAGCCAUGGCUGCCACGAUUUACCGAUGUUCUCUCCCAGGCUGGGGCUGCUCUUGCUCUCAAAAUGUUACUACUAAGGUUUAUAGUACUUAAUUUAAAUUUUGUACGGAUCAAUGCAAGGCCCUAUUUAAAAAGGAAAAAAAAAAAAGAGAAAAAGAAAGAAAGAAAAAAAAUACGCAAAAGAGUUAUCGUUGCUCUCUGUCCCUCGUCACCCGUGGUUUCAUUGGAAUGUGGCGGAACAAAGGCUCCUUGGUCCUCUUUGGUGUCGGAAAUGUUUGGUAAUUUCUCUUUUGUAUCAGUGAGGUCCUUUGUAAUCUGCUCCUGUCCUCUCUCGGAGCAGGGUGCCCUGAGAUGCCAUGAUGGUGCUUGCUUGCUUCAGAGUCCUUUGCUGACUGUGGGAAUUGGCCUGAGAAUUUGGUAGGUGCUAAGCACGUGGCUUUGAAUCUGUUCUUCUUGAGCCCCACUGGACACCUGUGGAGGAUAACCGGCCCUCAGCGUGGGGUGGGCAGCCCUUGGACCUUUUAGAAAUAGGUUUGUGAGAAACCAUCAGUCCUUUCUCAAAUUUCAGAGGUGGUCUCUUGGAGCCUCUGGGGGCAGGGGAAGCAGGUUUUCCAAGAAAUAACCUCAACAUAUAUUUUGCUCCCAGGAGGACUGGUUAUCUGGAAUGAUGUAAUGGACAUUGGAAACACAAAAUCCCUUUCACUAUUUAAAACAUUACCUCCCAGCAGUCCAAGGGAUCUCAAAUUUGAAAGGACAAACUUGGCAUAGUGUGUCAUAGGCUGUCCUCGGGCACUCUAUCCAGGGUCCAGAGUUGGCUGCGUAGAAGACGUGUUUAAAGCCACUGGCGAUUUCUUUACUUCAAGUUACGCCUCUGUCUCCUCCACAAGACCGUCAGGGAUGUGGAGACCUGACGUUGUAAUGCUGCUCCUUGCUCCUGGCCUCCUGGCCCACUGUCGGCUCACUGGCCCAGCUUCAUGCCUCACGGUGAUGAGCAUUUUGUCCAGAAAAAAAAACGAGAGAGAGAGAUGUUUGAAUUCCAUGAUAAAGCUGCAUUUUUGUAAAACUAUUGGAGACCCCAAAAAUGACCUUCAUGCUGGCCAUUUUCCCGUCCUUCCCAAAUUCCUUCAUAGAGUCCUUCCAACACUCCUCUCUCCCCGCCAUCACCUCCCCACGCGCACCUCCUCUACCUUCUUUCAUCUUUAAUUGCCUGAUGAUAACAGGGUAAAAAGACAGCCAACCUCAUGCCUGAUGAGCAGAAUGGAUUCUUAGGGUUUUGUUUUGUUUUGUUUUAAUUUUAUUUUUUAAAAUCUUCUUUGAAAUCAGAGAAGAGCUUAUUUGGGGACUUGAAUUUGGGAUAAACUUCCAAAUGAUCCAUGUCUAUUUGCAUCCAAGGGAAAAUAAUUGGGGUUGGGGUUUGGGGCUAACCCCAUGCAUUCAGAACAUCCUGCCUGCAGCCUCCACUCCUGCCUGCCGUGGGAAAGCCCAAAGACACAGAUUGCCAGGGCAGACCUCAGUGAUUGUUUUUGAUAGUUCUGAGUGAUUUCCUUUCUGGAAGUCACUUCGUAAUGUACAAGCAGGAACUACUUUUCUCUCCUCUUUUGCGUACGUUGCUCCAAAAGGACAAAGGUGGGUAGCAUGUAAUCCAUUUGAGCACACAAAUCAUCUGUUUUCUCUCCCUUGAAAAACUGAGAAACAAAAAGACCCCCCACAUCCACAUAUGACUGAAAUCUUGCACCCAGAAUAUUUAGUCCAAAUGGAAAUUUAGUAAGUCGGACCUGGCUGAAAUAAAUUCAUGAAAAUUUCCCCUCAAAUUUUUCUCUAAGCGGCAGAAGUUGGGGCAGGAGGAUCCCUUGUUCUGAGUGUCCUGGUUGCAUUUCGGGAAACAUGGGUGAUACUUCAUUUGGAACUGGAGGGCCCAGCCCGAGUGUGCUUUGCUGCCUUCCUGAUGGCCUGUUUUUCUCUCUGAGGAUCUUUGGAAGCAUUUGGGAUGACAGAAAUAUGUCAAAGGAAGCAAAGUCUGCUCCUAUGAAGUGUGGUGUCUGAUGACUAACUAAUGCCUGAGGCUUCAGGGUUCCUUGUUUUUAACACUUCAGUCUCCUCUCUCGGUUCCUCUAACAGAUCCCAGAAAGGGUAUAACUAAGCUGCAGUUAACCUUGUGUGCAUCCUUCCAAUAGAGUACUGUAUUCUUCGGGUGUUCUGUAUUUGCGUGUAAAUCCUCGGGAAACAGGUAUCCAAAAUGAGAGUGAAAUCAAGGCUGUCACGUCAGAAAUAUCCCAAACAAGAUACUCUUUCAAAACAGGGCUCCCUCUCUGUGGUCAUGAGGGAAGGUUGAUGUGUUCUUGGUUGGGGACCAUUUAUACGAUUUUUUUCAACUGUGAGCUUUGACCCCAGCUUCGACCCCAGCUUCUGUCUACUGCCAUAAAAAAAGGACCCCACAUCAGAAUAAUGAGGGUGGUGUGUGUGCACACACCUUCAUGGGUGUGCAUAUGUACCUACUGUACCUUCACAGAAGGAAAACAGGCUACUGAGGUAAAGAGGGGUAGCCACCAGUGCCUAAUCUCUUUUGGGGGGGGAUGAAUGCUUCUAAUGCCAGUAUAUAAAAACCACACCACUGGGAGUUAGUUCCAUGUACAGGGGAGGAGCAGUGGGCGGGGGAAGGGGACAUUUUAACCCUAGCCCUUGGGACCAGAGGCAGAACACUUUCUGUAAAUCGGGUCCUGAAGAUUUGGGGGCUCGUGGGCUGGUUCUUUUGUGUUUGCUUCCCAGCAUGCAUUUCCUGACCCGAGCUCAGAUAGUUUGAUUUCUUCCGUUCUCGCUUCUGCUCCAUUCUAGGGAGGGAAAGUGCACCUGUUAGGGCCCAGAUCUCCUUGCUGACACAGAGGCAACAGUAAACGUUGAGCGUGUUUCGGAGCCUCUCUCCCUUCCCUCGCACACCACCACGCCACCCCAGCACCCUCACUCCUGCUCAUACGCCAUGACUCCCCGGGCACCGUGACUUUCCUUUCCACUCUAUCGUCCUCUUCACAGUUGCUUGAAGAAAUUUAAUUUUGCACUAUCCAUUUUCAUUUUGCCGGACGUGUCUAGCAAACGUGUUUGGAAAGACUUGCCCCCAGCCCCUCCCCUCCCCUUCCCCCCCACCUCCCCGUCACAUUCUCUCAGGCCUUCUCUGGUAUUUAUAAUAUAUCACAGAAGUACCCAGUCUUAUAGCCCUCGGUUAUGCCUUUUUUUGACAUUUUAUUUUUUUUAAGCUUUUUAUAUAUAUAUAUAUAAAUAUAUUACUUUGUCAAGUUUUUUUGCUGUACAAAAGUCUUAAGAUUUAAAACUAUUAUUUGUAUUAUAUGAUGGUGGUAUGUUAAUGUUACAAAAUUAUUAAUGAAGAAAAAAUUUAUUUUUGUUACUGGUCUGUUUCAUAAUUCUUUUUUAAAUUGGUAUAUUGUAAGAUAUCUAUGCAAAAAUGUUAUGUGACGCAUUUUUAUUUAAGAAUGUAAUAUGUGUAAUAAACAGUAGAAUGUGUUUGGCCUUGG